UCCAUUUGCCCUGAAAACCGGAACAUCCGGUUGUUGGAGACUUGGCAGAGAGGAUACAAAUGGAGUAGCCUACAGCUACUUUCCUUGAAAUAUAGUUGCCAACUCUGCGGCUCAGCUGGUACUCUAGGAAACAUGGCAGCCGUCAGUAAAUAUUUUACAGCUAAAAACUCCUCGAUAGCUGGGGGAGUCCUACUCGCUUUAUGCAUCCUGAAGCAAAGAAGAAGAGGAGGCAAGUCAAGCGGUACAAAAGGGAGCUCAGAACUGGUGUUGAGCAAUGAAGACAAAGCAGCUAAGAAAGAUCGGGCGGCGGUGGACUAUGUCUUCUUCCUCAGAAUCAGCAAGAUCCUCCGGAUCAUGGUGCCUCGAUGGUUCUGCAAAGAGACUGGAUACCUUCUCUUCAUCGCUGCUAUGCUGGUGACCCGGACAUACUGUGACGUAUGGAUGAUCCAGAACGGAACCAUGAUUGAAAGUGCAAUUAUCGUUCGCAACAACGCCGAUUUCAAGAACUACUUGUUCAAGUGUUGCAAAGCUAUGCCAAUUUUUGCCUUGGUGAAUAACCUCUUGAAGCUGGGUCUGAACGAGCUGAAGCUGAAGUUCAGAGAGAGGCUGACCAAACAUCUCUACGACGAGUACCUCAAAGGAUACACGUACUACAAAAUGGGCAACCUGGAUAACCGCAUUGCCAACGCUGACCAGCUGCUGACUCAAGACGUAGAGAAGUUUUGUAACAGUGUGGUUGACCUCUACUCCAAUCUCAGCAAGCCUCUCUUGGACAUUGGACUGUACAUCUUCAAGCUGACGUCUUCCAUCGGAGCCCAGGGCCCAUCGAGUAUGAUGGCCUACCUGCUGAUCUCAGGCCUGUUCCUGACCAGACUGCGGAAGCCCAUCGGUAAGAUGACUGUCAUUGAGCAGCGCUACGAGGGAGAGUACCGAUACGUCAACUCACGACUCAUCACCAACAGUGAGGAGAUUGCCUUCUACAAUGGCAAUAUGAGAGAGAAACAGACGAUUCAUUCAACAUUUAAGAAACUGGUCGACCAUUUGCACAAGUUCAUCUUCUUCCGCUUCUCUAUGGGCUUUGUAGACAGCAUGGUCGCCAAGUACAUGGCCACCGUGGUGGGCUACCUGGUGGUGAGUCGGCCCUUCCUCAACCUGUCCGACCCCCGCCACAUGAACAGCACCCAAGCUGAGCUGAUGGAAGACUAUUACCAGAGUGGCAGGAUGCUGCUGAGUCUGGCCCAGGCUCUGGGAAGGAUCGUACUGGCUGGCAGAGAUAUGACCAGGCUUUCCGGGUUCACCAUGCGUAUCACUGAGCUCAGGAAGGUCCUGAAAGAACUGAACUCUGGGAAAUACGAACGUACCAUGGUCUCCCAUCAGAACAAAGAAUCAUUAGGUGUAGAAAGAGUCACACUGGUCCCGGGCAGCGGACAGAUCAUCAACGUAGACCACAUCAUCAAGUUUGAACACACACCACUAGCAACACCCAAUGGAGAUGUACUGAUCAAGGACCUGACCUUUGAAGUGCGGUCUGGUACCAACGUGUUAGUGUGUGGGCCCAAUGGCUGUGGCAAGAGCUCACUCUUCAGAGUACUGGGAGAGCUCUGGCCUCUGUUCGGAGGGCAGCUGACCAAGCCUGAGCGAGGGAAGCUCUUCUAUGUUCCUCAGAGACCCUACAUGCCCAUUGGCACGCUGAGGGAUCAGGUGAUCUACCCUGACACCUAUGAGGAGCAAAAGAGGAAAGGCAUCUCUGAUCAGGUGCUGAAGGAGUACCUGGGCAACGUCCAGUUGGGUCACAUCCUGGACAGAGAGGGGACUUGGGACACCGUGCAGGACUGGAUGGAUGUCCUCAGUGGAGGAGAGAAGCAGAGGAUGGCGAUGGCAAGGUUGUUCUACCACAAACCUCAGUUUGCCAUCUUGGAUGAGUGCACCAGUGCUGUGAGUGUAGAUGUGGAGGACUUCAUCUACAGUCACUGCAGAACGGUUGGCAUCAGUCUGUUCACUGUCUCUCACAGAAAGUCUUUGUGGAAACACCAUGAGUACUACCUUCACAUGGACGGAAGAGGGAACUACGACUUCAAACCUAUCACCGAGGAGACCAUAGAGUUCGGCUCCUAGAGGAGCGUCAACGACACACACACCAUCCUCCGGCCUGAAGAAAGGCGCCCACUAAUUCUGCACUUAAAACAAACCUAGACUACUGUUUUUAAUCAAUUGUAACCUCUUUUGUUGUUUUCUUUUGACAAUAUGUAUUUAAAUGAUCAGAUAGUCUGGUUAAGUAAACAUUUGUCAACGGUGAUUGUAUGUGUUUGUUAAACGCUCUACAACAA